AACUCGAUUUUCAUUUUCAAUAUGGCUGACAGGAGUGACACUUGUUGGACGGUAUUUUUUUUGGUUUUGUCACAAAACUAGAAACGAAAACAAUAAAAUUCUGUGCGAUUUGCCAUAAUUGCGUCGUGUUCGAAUGUGAAACCAGCCAGUGCAUGGGCUGAACAGUGCCUGAAACCGCUCGUUGUGUUGCAAAGUGAAAAUGUGUGAUACGUGAAAUAAUCAGCCUUUUGUACAAAUUUUAGUGUGUAGAGUGUAGAUGCCCAAUAUGAACAACAAUAAUUUCAAUUCGAGCUCGCCCAGGCCAACUUCUGGUAAUGGUAGUCCAGGCUCCUGGACCUCUCCGCUUUCCAGUCCUGUGGGAAUGGGCCGGCCCCCUUCCUUAAUGGAUCAUCCCCAUAGUCUUCCAAAUGCCGUCCGAGUGGUGGUUACUCGCGAUGCUGGCGGUUAUGGCAUGAAAGUAUCCGGCGAUAAUCCAGUCUAUGUGCAAAGUGUCAAAGAUGGUGGACCAGCUGAAAAGGCAGGAUUACAUGCAGGCGACAAAAUAAUUCAAGUGAACGGCACCAACGUUACGCAUUCAACCCACACCGAAGUAGUCGGUCUAAUCAAAGCCCAUGCUCAAGUGGUCCUCACAGUGCAGCCAAGGAUGCCUUUAGUGCGUAGCCCCAGUACCAGACCCGCAAGCCUCCCAUCGAGCACGAAAAUCACCGCCCCUCAGCCAGUCGAUAAUGAGAAGCAGCAUCAGCUGCAGCAGGAGAAGGAGCAGUACUAUCGGCUGAUGAUCGAAAAAGAGCAGCAUCAUUUGGAUAAGUUGCGCAGCGAAGUUGGAUCGAACGAAAAGAGGUACAUCGAGCUGGCCAAAGCGGAGAAAAACCUCAGAUGUCUCCAGGACAAUCUCACUAGGACGUUGACUGAGCAGCUGAGUCCAGAGUCGCAAUCCAAUCGUCCCAUUUCCUCGCCGAGCAAUCUGGGAUCUCCGAUCAAAAGGUCGGAGUCGGACGAUCCGCCGCCCAUCCCCAAGCGCUACAAACACCACGACAUCAACUCACUGUUCCUUUCCAACGAAAUCAACUCAAACUCACCUAAACGAGAGAACGUGUCUGGUGAUGUUCCUCCCCCGUUACCACCUCGUACUUACCCACCUUACAACACGCACACAGACGACGCAUCAGCGGCUAAUUCAAUCGAUAAGCAAAUGUCAUACCCUUUAGUGGCCACUUGCACUUCUUUGCAUAGUGACUACUUGUCGCAGGGUGGGAAGCAUCACCGCACCAAGUCUAAUCCAGAUUGUCUGACUAAUGACGGGAGUGGAGAGCAGCGACAUCCAGCCACUCCGCCUGGGACCCCGCCGCCUCCUUAUCCCAGUCCAGACUCUGCUAGAAGGUUUCACAUGCUGGGCGGCGACUCUUUUGAUGGCUCCUUCAGUUUCCCGAACAACGACGCGUUCGCACAGGAGCGUUCAGUGUCGCAGAACUCACAUGCCAGGCCGACGAAUUCGCGCACAGCCCAACAGGCGAUAAUCAGCAUGGAAGACGACGAUAUUUCCGAUCUAGAAAUCGACCAAGUGGAAGAUCACGGGUACUUCAAGUCGUUGUCGCGACUGUGGGAGCAUUUGCCCCAUCUGGCCGUAUUCAUGAACUACAUUCUGUCCAACUCCGAUCCGAACAGUUUGCUUUUCUACCUUCUCACCGACCUCUACAAGGAAGGCAAUGCCAAAGAAAUGCGAAAGUGGGCUUUCGAAAUCCAUUCCUGCUUCCUGGUGCCAGGAGCGCCGCUGAGGUUAAACAAUGUGGACGAGAACAUAGCGAGAGAAAUCGACGAUAACUUAACCAAACAGUACGACAAGGAGGAAAUAAUGCGCAAGAUUUUUUGGAAAGCGCGCCAAAGAGCGAAGGAGGAGCUCACACGGCAACUGGCCGAUUUUCAGCAGAAAAGGACGGCCGGUUUGGGAACAAUGUACGGGCCCACCGAUCAAGAACUGAUGGAUCACUACAACGACAAAGCCAAAGAAACCAAACUGUACGAGAGCCUGCUGUUGCCCAAAGUGGAUCCGUACUUGGAGGACAUGGAGAAGUUUGAGCCUCAAAAGUACUACAUGGGAGCGGCUUUGUUCACCAUCCUAACCAGGGUGUUUCGGGUGCGGCCUCAAAACUUUGAUCUGGACAAAGUGCCGACGUUCGUGAACAAAGAGCGCUCCUUCAAAGCCAAACUGAUUGGCAAAUACUCCAGAAAGUCGAGUCGUCAUUUGAGCCAUCAGUUCGUCGAUCAGCAGUACUUUACUGUGAUGGCGUGCAACUUAUGCCAUCAGAUUAUCUACGGAAUUAGUCCCCAAGGAUAUCAGUGCACAGCGUGUUUGAUCAAUCUACAUCGUUCCUGUGUUAAACUUUAUGACGACUCCUGUCCCGGCCCAAUCAGAGGCAAGGAGCGAGGCAUCAGGAAGCUGAUUGGGAUGCGUCACGACAUGAGCGAGCAAAUCAGGCACAGGAAGGCAUCCCAGCUCACUCAAAUGGAACGGGAGAAAAGGCAAAUGGAGGAAAAAGACUGCAUCAACGAGAUCAUAGAGACCGGUAAGUUUUCCCAAAGUAUUUACUCGCUAGGACGAGCAGGUGAAUCGAAAGUGUCGCAGCCUGUAUCGAGGACUGGAUCGGAUCGGCGGCCGGACGCCGUUCGUGAAGAAGGUGCCCGGCCUGCCGAAGACUCAAACAGCCAUCAGCAAGCCGAUGGAUCUCUAAACCACACGGAAACCAGUGUGGAGAAAAAGGAGUCGAUGUCGCAAGACAAUUCUGCCAGCUCACAGGCGGGCGCCAAGCGGCGGGCUGGGGGCCACAUUAACCGAUCUGAGAGCGUGAAGGAGCAGUCUGAAAAGAUCAGAAAGCAGCAGCGCAGGAACAUCAGCGAUCCCUCCCAUUCAACAAACACCAGCAGCUACGAUGUGGAAAACGAGAGGCAGGCCGAUUUAUCCAAAAACACCGACUCUGGCAGUUCGUCCAACUCCAGUAUAUCGGCCGUCAAUGGCAGGCUGUCGGAAAGUCCGUCCAAUAGCAUGGACGUGCACCAGGCCACGGUGCGCACUCAGUCUGACUCUGACUCCGAUAUGGAUGGGGAGGCUGAUCCUCUGAACUGGCAGGAAUUGGUGACUGACGAAGAACUAAAGAAACUAAACACGAGCGAAAAGAAGCGGCAGGAAGUAAUCAACGAAAUCUUCCUGACGGAGGCCUCCCAUGUGCGAAUGCUGAAAGUCCUGUACAAGCUGUUUUACAAAAAGCUGGUCUCCAGCCAGAUACUGAAGCCCGAUGAGAUCAAUCUAAUAUUUCCGAAUAUCAAAGAGCUGCUCGACGUCCACACGGAGAUCAACAAGGAGUUGCGUCGCAAGCGCAAAGAGGAUCCACUAGUCAGGCAAAUCGGCGACACGCUGCUGGCCACUUUCACCGGACCGCAGGGUGAGCAGCUUCAAAAGGCGGCAGCUUCUUUCUGUGAGCGUCAACAACUGGCCCUUGAAUUAAUCAAGAAGCGGCGGGAGCGAGACAAUAAGUUUGACUCGUUGCUGUGCGAGUGCGAGAAGAAACGCCAGUGUCGUCGUCUAGAGUUGCAAAGUAUUGUGCCAUAUGAAAUGCAGAGAAUCACCAGAUACCCUCUUCUGCUGGAGCGAUUGGUGGAGAGUGUCGAAGCAGCAGAGAAGACGUGUAGUGAAUACAAAGACGAAUUAGUUAAGCUGAGGGAAGCGCACCUUCACUCCAAGGCAAUCUUGGGGUUCGUGGAUGAGGCGGCCAAACUAGCCCACAACCGGCAUCGGCUCGAGGAAAUUCAACGACAUUUGGAUGUUUCUAAUUUCAAGAAUAGCGAUCAUCCUAUUGUGAACGAUUUUAGGAAUAUCGAUCUAACUAGGUAUAAGCUGAUACUAGAGGGUGGCCUUCAACUUAGACGGCCUAAUAAAGCGAACGUGCACGUGCACGUUCUCCUGAUGGAGGAAAUGGUGGUGAUAUUUCAAAAGGAAAGCGAAAAAUUCAUUUUGAAAUUCUUCCAGUCGGGCUCGUCCACCCCAAUGGCUCCAUUGAGCCCCAUCAUCAAAAUGAACACACUUUUAGCCCGUGAAAAUGCUGUCUGUAAAAAUGCCCUUUUCCUCGUAAAUACCUCAACCACCAGCAGUCAGAUGUACGAUCUUCAAGCGGAAGACGAAUCGAAGCGGGAAACAUGGCUGAAGCACUUUACGGAUGCAGCAGCAGCAUACAACCGACGAGAGGAUAAAAUCACCAGAACAACGGGCAGCAUUAGCAUUACACAGCCCGUAACCGAUUCUGAUUCGGAAUCGAUUCUUCGGGAGGCAUCCAGGGAACCGGAACCCGUUGUUGAAUCCGCAGACCGACUUUCGUCCUCUUUCACAACUGCGGAGAAAGAGGACGCAAACCAACCUGCAGAAACUGCCGCAGGAGAGGAUGAUGCUGUGAGUGUUGAGGAUCCUCAAGCAGGCGGCGAUCACACUCCAGGUAUUAAAGAGUCGGAUGUGACGAGUGGUGGUGGUGGUAUUCACGUAACGACGAAAGUGAGCGCUGAAGAAUGGCCUUUGAUCCAACCUUCGCAAGUUAGCGUAGCGGUACCACCAGUGCAUACGGCAGAAUCGAAGCUUACACCCCUAGAGCAAAUCCGACGAAAAGAUGCACUAGUGAAACAAACGUUAGCCGAAAAGGACGAUCUGGUGGCUGAUUUACUUGCCAUUCCGCGGGAGGACUUUCAGCACAUCGCCGACAUGGCUUCGACUGCUUCAAGCAAUGCGGACAGCCACUCUUUGGAUAUAACCGAUCGGCUGCUGGCCACUGUCUUCCAGGUUGAUAUUCUUCAACGAGCAGUAAACGACGCCCUCAACAUAACGGAAGGUGAUGUGAUCGCUGCUAGGGGUGGCAAAGUGCCCAUUUGCGCCAGCCAAGAGGGCGCAACCGAAACCAGAUCUGUGAUUCCCAGUGUGCCUGCUGGAUUAGUUGGAGAAAUUGCCGCUUCUCUAAGCUCUCAGCUUACCACUCUAUUGAGUGAAAUCAAGCAUGUAGAAGAGGACCGUGAUCGGCUGCGCAAAGAACUGCAUAAAAUCAGGGAGCAGCUGCACGAAGAGCAUCAUCUACAUAGUCCUGUGCCAUUUGAAGAUGCAUUAGACCCUGAUGAAAGUGCCCAGGAGAUAUUUUGCGAAGCAAUAAGUGACGAUCCAAACUAAACGGUAAAUGCUUACCAAACAGGGCGAAGUCAAAACUGUAGGGUACCCAAAUGUAUAUUUUAAUCGGGCCUAUUAUUAUAGACGCUAUUUAUAUAUGAUACAUUGAUAAUAGUGACUGUUGUGGAAGGAAAACUACGAGUUUUGCUGCAAUUUGUGCAAUAUUAUUUGUACGGCAACCAUUCAUUGUUGAGUGGCGCCCAUCGAUGCCGAACUCUCGUUCGAAAAUUUAUUGUUGCACUCUGUACAACAUCUGAUUGUAUGUAUUGGAAGAAAAAAAGACAAAAAGUGGCUCGAUGGGACCGAACAUGAGCGAUAAGUAUGAUUUACAAUAGUUUUACUUUAGGUGUCGCAUUUAUAACAAGGAGAAAAAUCAAUUAAAAAGACCUGUUGCGGUUAGAGCUUAACUAAUUUCGUACUUACUUACUCAUCAAUGCUUUAUACACGUUUCGAUCAGGAUCGAAAAUAAUUUGUUUGCUCUUAUUUUCGGAAAGUUCAUUAGGUUUUUAAUAUUAUUUAGUCAAAAGUAACAUUGAAUUUAACUCUAUUUGUGCGGGGUAUUUGCCAAAAAAUCCACUGGCGACAAUAUGAAAUUUACGAAAAGCACUUUCAGCUGUUUAAUAGAGGGAAAACUCCAUUUUAGUCGGUGGAUUGAAGUUGGAAACACCCGGUACAUGAUUGGUUAUUAGUUUGCCAUAAAAUAGAGCGUGUUUUCAUGUUGAAAUUCCGAGUGUUACUGAUGAAAGCAAACCGAAUACGUUUGAGAUUGAACUCUUUUGAUCAUUCUUAGUUCGAGACAGUUUUGGUAUUGGAUUCUGUUAUUUUCAUUAAUUUAAUGCUAGUUCGACUACUUAAAAUCGCUGUUAUUCGGCGACUUUUUUCUUACUUAUGUGGAAGUGCUUUUAAUAGGCACUAAAGAUCCUAAUAGAAUCAAAUGCCAGGGUGUUCAAGUAAUUAUUACAAAAGCGUAGGUCCUUUUCUUCAUUAGUAACCAACCUGUCUUGUACAUGUGAAUGUAAAUAACCUUCAGUCGAUUAAGUUUGAAAAUCUGCAUUGGAUAGACGAAAAAAGUGCAAUAUUUACAAUAAAAUUAAUUCAUUAUGGAGGUUUCCACUCUAGAGACGAUUGAUUGUUUCAAGGUGUUUUGCAAUUUUUUUAACUGUCCAAUGUGUUUUUAUCGCGAUCUACCUGAACAUAGUAUUGUAUUUAUUGUUAUAGUGUAGCUUUUUAAUUUAGAUGUAUUUUUAUCGGUAAAUGAAGAAAAUGAGGAGAAUGGGUGCUACACAACCACUGACAAAGCCAGUGUACAUUUAGAGAAAAGUGCCUUUUUAACGAAGCAUCCAUUUGCUUUUACGUAAUAGCUUUAUCAAAUUAUGUGUAUUUUUUUAACCAAGGAAAGAUGCGGCAUUUAUGUAGAUUUUUAUUAUGUUAUUAAUUUUGUAUUUUUUUUAUUAGCCACAUCCAGCAAGCUAAUAAUUAGAACAAUUAUUGUUAUGUAUUUAUAUAAAAAGGUAACAGUCCUCUUAUUACGUAAUAAACCCUUUUAAACUA